CACGGUGGACAGCCCUGGCUGCUGCUGCUGCGUCAAGGGGAGUUUGGGAAACGCCAGCUCCGGACUGAGAGGACAUCUAGUGAAGAGAGCGAGGACCUCACACGCGUAUAUAUAAAAAAAAAAAAAUCAUCAUAAUAAUCAUAAUCAUCAAACAUGAACGGGCAGUCCUCACCUGUCUUCGAGGAGAAGAAGCCGUCCCUCCCCAUCAUGGCUGGUGGGAGCUCCAUCUCGGCUACCAAGGACUCCCCGACCCUGCCGGAGUCCUCGUCCACGGACAUGGGCUUCUACAGUGGGCAGAGCGGGCUCCAGGACUUCUACCCUCCGCAGCAGCAGCAGCAGCAGCAGCAGUACCCGGCGCAACACGUGAACCCGUACGCGUACCACCACCACCACCACCACCACUACAACCUACACGGCAUGUCUGCUGGCGGCGGAUACCCGGUCGGCAAGGCGGAGUACCCGUACCCUCACUCUGCCUACAGGGAGCACGCGGCGCUGCAGGACGUGAAAGAGGAACCAGACGUGGAGGUUCGGAUGGUCAACGGGAAGCCCAAGAAGGUGCGCAAGCCCCGGACCAUCUACUCCAGCUACCAGCUGGCAGUGCUGCAGAGGAGAUUCCAGACGGCUCAGUACCUGGCCCUGCCGGAGCGGGCCGAGCUGGCCGCACAGCUGGGCCUCACACAGACACAGGUCAAAAUUUGGUUCCAGAACCGGCGCUCCAAGUUCAAGAAGCUCUACAAGAAUGGAGAGUUUCCGCUCGGGGAAAUUCCUCUUGAGCAAAGUCCGGAAGCCAGCGAUUCCAUGGCCUGCAACUCUCCUGCGUCCCCAGCUGUGUGGGAAAACAGCAACGGUAACAACACCAACAACAACAACGACAGCAGCAGCAGCAACAGCAACAACAACAACACAAGCAGCGGCAGCGGCAUCAAGAACAAUGCAAUAAUGGAUCCCACCGCCAGAGGGCAGGGACCCUAUCAGCCUCCCGUGGAUCCCUCGCCUGCCUGCAUGGGAGACUUCACGCACCAGAACUGGUACCAGCAGCAGGGUGCGCAUUUAGGUCUGCAACAGUCGGGCCCGACGCACCACGCACCAUCUACGGCGCCGUCGGCCACACAGAGUCUGGGAGCCGUCUACUGA